AUGAUGGGAUCCCUGGCGUUUUCCAUUUUCCUGCUUCUGCUUUCAGGGUCCAUAAUAACCCCAAAAUCAAGGAAAUGGUGUGAUUCUUUGAAAUACAGGGACUUUGCUAUUUCAGAGCCCACAGUUGGGUACUCUGAAUUCUCAAAGGAAGACUGCUUCAACAAUCAACUAGUCUACACAUAUGAGAACCACCAUCAGAAGACAAUACCUCAGCCAGGAUGGGAAAAUGUGGAGAAUUGGGAUGAGGUGAGCCAGCUUCAAAAAGAAAGAGAAGAUUUGAUCAUGAAGGACUUUCAAGAAUUCUUAUACUCCAAUCCAGAUAACAAAGAUCUACAUUUUAAGUCAAUUUUUGGCUGUGAAUUUUGUACAAAUCGCACUUUCAAGGUAGCUUUGUAUUGGUAUUUCAAUAGAAUAAAUUUACUGAAAAUCUGUAUGAAUAUAAAGUACCAGGACACACUAUAUUCUGUAGCUGAAAUGAACCAAGACCAACAUGCUGUAAUCUUACCCAAAGAAUAUCUGGGGAAACAGUGAAUUGCAACACUCUAAAAAUACUGGAAUUAUAGGUAUGCUCACUAG